GAUACUGUAGUGUCCCUCCAUUCCCAUACUCCCCGCCGCCGCCGCCAAAACCCUAAAAUCCGCACCCUCCAAUGGCGGCGAGCAGCGCCGACCUCGCCGACGACGGCUUCCCGGCGCCGCGCCUCUUCUCGCAGGGCCUCUCCUACACCUAUGACGACGUCAUCUUCCUCCCGGGCUACAUCGGCUUCCCAGCCGACGCCGUCGACCUCUCCACCCGCCUCUCCCGCCGCGUCCCCCUCUCCAUCCCCUGCGUUGCCUCCCCCAUGGACACCGUCUCCGAGGCCGCCAUGGCCGCGGCCAUGGCCUCGCUCGGCGCCGCCGCCGUCGUGCACUGCAACACCGAGCCCCACGCUCAGGCCUCCAUCGUCCGCGCCGCCAAGUCCCGCCGCCUCCCGUUCGUGUCCUCCGUGCCCUUCUUCUCACCGUCCUCCGCCCCGACGCUCAACGAUUUCGCUGGCAAUGAAUACGCCCUCGUCACCGAGCGCGGGGAUUCGCUCUCCAGGCUUGUCGGCGUCGCUGUUGCGACCGAUGCCGCCUCCCGCGAGGCCCCUGUCCCUGUCUCCGAGUACUUGCGCGCCGCCCCGCGCUCGGCUUCUGCCUCCUUCGAUUUCGAGCAAGCGGCCUCUUUCCUCGCCGACGAGGGUUUGGACUACGCCCCUCUCGUAUCCGAGGACGGUGAGGUCAUCGACCUCAUCACCGCCAAAGACGUGGAGCGUAUCCGGAGCUAUCCGAAGCUAGGCAAGCCGUCUCUCGGAGCGGAUGGGAAGUUCGUAGUUGCCGCCUCCAUUGGGACCCGUGAGGAUGACAAGAGAAGGCUGGAGCAGCUAGUUAAGGCGGGGGCAAAUGCCAUCGUGAUUGAUAGCUCGCAAGGGAACUCCAUCUACCAGCUUGAUAUGAUCAAGCAUGCAAAGAAGAUGUAUCCUGAGGUGGAUUUGAUCGGAGGCAAUGUGGUGACAAUUGCGCAAGCGCAGAAUUUGGUCCAAGCUGGGGCAGAUGGGUUGCGUGUUGGAAUGGGCUCUGGCUCAAUUUGUACUACCCAGGAGGUUUGUGCUGUAGGCAGAGGACAGGCUACUGCGGUGUAUAAGGUUUCAUCUUAUGCCAAGGAUCACAACGUACCAGUUAUUGCCGACGGGGGAAUUUCAAAUUCUGGACAUAUUGUGAAAGCUCUGUCGCUGGGGGCGUCCACUGUUAUGAUGGGCAGCUUUUUAGCUGGCAGUCAUGAAGCUCCUGGUACUUAUGAGUACAAGGAUGGCUGUCGAGUAAAAAAAUACAGAGGCAUGGGCUCUCUUGAAGCCAUGACAAAGGGGAGUGAUGCAAGGUACCUUGGUGAUACUCUCAAGCUCAAAGUUGCGCAGGGAGUUGUUGGAGCAGUAGCUGACAAAGGUUCUGUGCUGAGAUUCAUUCCUUAUACAAUGCAAGCAGUUAAGCAAGGAUUCCAAGAUCUGGGUGCAUCCUCGCUGCAGUCGGCUCAUGAUCUUUUGCGAUCAGAGACUCUUAGAUUAGAGGUGAGGACUGGCGCCGCCCAGGUUGAAGGAGGAAUCCAUGGGCUAGUCUCGUACGAGAAGAAGGCAUUCUAGUUCCAUGAUCAAUCAAGGAAGGACCGGGGCAGAGUGGUUAGCUGCAUGAUACUAUGGAAGGUGAAGACAGAUGUUUAUUAUGCCACCUAGCAAUUUUCAAGCUCAGCAGCUUGCCAGCUAAUGCUCUCGAGUUGCAGUUUGCAAGCUGGGCAGCUAGUGUACCAUCUAUCUAGCGUAAUAAUGCUUUAGCAUUGAAUGGUCGUAUGAACCGUUAACACCCCCACAAAAUUUUGUUAAGAGGAAGACUCAUAUUUCCAUGAUCGAAUCUUCUGAUC